AUGCGACUCUAUACGGAGAUGUGUGCCAUGUUACAUGGGUCUCAAUCACGCUUGGUGACUGUACCGAUUACACCGUUCACUGCGGCCGGCGGGACCUAUGAUGUGUCCCAACUCACAGAGAUCGUAAUCGAUUCACGCUAUGCGAAGGUGGUGGACUAUCAUGGCCAAACUCUAAUCCCGCCGACUCUCCAUGAGUUCGCGGAAACAUUUCAAGAAGAUCUCAAAUCAACUCUUGGCCUGGAUGUGCAGCUCACCCAUGGCGCGACCCGUAAACCAAACACCGUUUUCGUGACAUUGCGCAAUAACACCGGCUUCAGGGAUGCGGCAGGCCGAUGGACUGCCGAAGGAUAUAAGCUUCGCGUCGACGACAGCGGCGUAGUCGUCACUGGAGCUAGUCCGUUAGGUGCGUGGUGGGCAACACGGUCCAUUAUCCAGGCUGCGGUUGCUGGAAACUCGACGCUGCCAAAGGGCACCGGUAUUGACGCUCCUGCAUGGGGCAUCCGGGGUGCUAUGCUUGAUGCUGGCCGGAAGUACCAUCCGCCGGAGUUCCUGAUCGAAAUGUGCUCGUACCUGUCGUUCUUCAAGCAGAACACAUUCCACGUGCAUCUAAGUGACAACCUCUACAACAAUGUCGACCUGUAUUCCACUGAAGACUCGAUGGAGCUGUACGCUGCGUUCCGCCUGUGGUCUGAGGACGAGGCAGUGGCGGGUUUGAAUCGCCGUCGCAACGAGUCGUACACCCGCAAGCAAUUCGACAACGUCCAGACGCAAUGCGCUAAGCGCGGCGUCACCAUCAUCCCGGAGAUUGAAGCACCUGGCCAUGCACUCGUCAUCGUACAGUGGAAGCCCCAGUUGGGUCUGGGCGACCUGAGCAUGCUCAAUAUCAGCCAUUCGGAGACUAUCCCGACGAUGAAGACGAUCUGGAAGACCUUCCUGCCGUGGUUCCAUAGCAAAGUGGUCCAUAUCGGCGCGGAUGAGUAUGACAGCAGUCUCGUAUCUGACUACACCCAGUUUGUGAAUGAAAUGAACACCUUCAUCCAGGAUGAGACUGGUGGAACCAAGACGAUGCGGAUUUGGGGCACAUUCACGCCCAAGCAGGGUGCUAAUGUAUCAAAAUCCAUCUCCUACCAGCAUUGGGACGUUAGCGCCGACCAGCCGUACUAUGACUACAUCGAGAAUGGAUACAACGUUCUUAACUCGGACGACUAUCUCUACCUAGUCGGCGGCUGGUCCGGAUCCUUCGACCAGGUCCUUGACUUGGGCAAGAUCUUCGACGGACCCUUCGGCGCCCCUUACUCGCCAAUUGUCUUCGACAGCAGCACCAUUGGGGAUAAUCCCUCCCGCAACAACCCCCGUGUUCUAGGCGAAUUGGCCGCCCUCUGGAACGACUACGGUCCCAACUCUACCACGGCCCUGCAAACGUACUACUCCUGGCGCGACGCGCUGCCGGCUCUUGCGGACAAGCAAUGGGGCGGCAACAUCACCGAGUCUGAAUACUUGGCCAUCUUCGACGCGCUUCAUGCUGCCGUGCCGGGUCAGAAUCUAGACCGUGCGAUUCCUAGCCAAACAAACACGAUCCUACGGUAUACUUUUGCCGACGACAGCUCUUCCACGGUCACUGAUCACUCCGGCAACGGCUACCACGGCACCCUCCAUGGAUGCACAGUCUCCUCGUCGACCCUCCACCUCCGCGACGGGUGCUACCUCUCGACGCCCCUAGGCAGCAAGGGUCGUGAUUACACACUCUCGUUCCGGGUGAAGCCGACAUCAUCGACACCCGGCACGCUCUUCGCCGGCCCGGAUUCGAUCUUCACCCACGGCAACGGCACCAUCUCCAACGCGACCCUGAUCUCCGGCGGCAACCCCUACUCGCUGAAUUAUACCCUGCCGCUGAACACAUGGACCGACGUCCGCCUUGUCGGUAAGGGCAACAUCACGCGACUGAGCGUGUCGUCUGGACCGCGGGGCGCAUCGACGAUGGAGUUCACAACGAGGAUCGGAGUCAACGGAGAGUACUUUGUGUGGGCACCGAUUGCGAUUGAGGCGCCGCUGGCGCGGAUUGGAGAGGGUUUUACAGGGUUGAUGCAGGAGAUCGUAUUGACGGGGACUGCGGAGUAG